AUGAUCAGCCAAAUCCCACUUCGCCAGCUCCGAACAGUGAUUAACUUCUGGAUCAAAAAGGACGAAGGUUAUAAAGAAGUUGAUCGAGUUGCUCAUAUCCUACAACGUCGUACAAUCUUGGACUUUGGGGACUUUAUUCGUCGAGAUCUUCUUCCUACGCAGAAAUUCCACAGGCCGUUCCGGAUCUGGUUCAAUGCCACGUUUGUGAAUGAAGACUCCUUCAUGCAGGGACCCACGGUGCGUUAUUACCGAAUUCUAAGCACAUAA